UCUCGUCUCGUCUCCUCUGCUUAUCCUCGUCUCCUCUGUUUUAGUUACAUCACCUUCUGUCAUAAGUCUAAAGCCGCCGCCGGCGAAGAUCUCCGGCCUGCACACUCAAAAGCGUCCGAUACCCUUAAACCGCUUGAGGUAGCCAUCCGAUCUGACCUCGAAGUUACCGGCUAGCAUGACGGUGUUGGACGAGGAAGAAGAGAGCCUGGCUCAUUUCCUCGAAUCGGAGGUCCUCUCCGAGGUCUCCGACCAGGAAGAUGCGAUAACAGAGGAAGAGCCCGAAGCAAAGAGAGUGCGUGUGAAUGAAAAUGAGAAGGCCGAAGGGUCUUCAUCAAACAACAACAGUAGCAUGCCAAAGAGGAUUGAGACGGGGUUUUUCAGCAAAAUCCCUUCUGAACUCUUUCCUCACAUCCUCAAAUUCCUCUCUUCCGAGGAUCUAUUUUCGUGCUCGCUCGUCUGUAGAUUCCUAAGCUAUGCGGCAUCUGAUGAGUUUCUAUGGCGUCGCUUAUACUGUAUGAGAUGGGGUUUUUUGCCCCCUACAAAAAAGUUACGUGAAUGUCCUUGGAAAACGCUUUACAUACAGCGUGAUGAAGAGGACAUGACUGAACUCGUUAGAAAUUGCCAGCCCGAGUUUAAAGAGUACUACAUUCAAAUGCAAGCGGCUAAGAGAAGCCAAGUGCCUCUUCCUUCACAGGUGAAUGAUGAUCGGAUAAUUCUUGACAAGACAGUUGCUGAUCAAGUGUCUAUGUGGAAAAGCAGUAGAGGCCUGACUGAUAAGGUGGUCACUGACCAUGCUUGUUCAGGAGAAACAUGUUCUUACUACCAUAUCGGAGACGUAUUUGUUUGUGAGAAGACUGGACACGUUCACGUUUGUGAUGAUACAUGCAGAGAAGUUGUUAUGGAUCCCAACAAUGAGCUUUUGGUGUGUACAAUAUCUGGACAUUGUUUUGAUAGGUUGAUUUCGACAGCGGAGAUGGAGCAAGAUGCAGAACAGCAACAAGGUGGCGUGACAGACGAAGCAGAACCGUUCAUGGGCUCCGGACGUUUUGCACGAGCUUAUUUAUUGGGAUAUAAUUGCGCUGAUGAAAAGGAGCUGAAAGCUGCUUUGAAGUUCUGCUGAACCCGGUACUGAUCUUGUUGCGGGUGGGGAUGCUUUUACUUGGCAUACUUAGAGAUUGCAGGAAAUGCCAAAACAUUUUACUAUUCGAAUGGUUGAUAGAUAGAGACAAUUAUGUUUAUGUAUUAAGUCAGUCAUUCUGCAAUGGUAGGUUAUAUUUCAGAAAA